AUGCUGCCGCAUCUACUCAGAAUACCAGAAACCGACCUGCGAAAGCGGUUCGAUGUUUCGACUGUCUCGGCAAGUGGUCCGAUGAUCAUUGCGAGACUUCUUCUCUGCAUAGCACUCUGUAUCCAACAACUCCCUCCGGACGCCAACCUGCCAAGGCUUCGGACCAAAGUGCCACUUCGAGAAUUGAUGGAGAAGAUUGUCGCCUUUGUUACCGGAACGGUAAUUUCUGAUGAUGAGCUGACCGGGAGCAUUGAAGGCGUCGAAUGUUUUACACUUCAGGGACUCUAUCAAAUCUUUGCCGGCAAUUUUCGAAGGGGAUGGCUUGCCUACCGCAAAGCAAUCAAUGUAGCCCAACUCAUGGGAUUGCAUAGAGUUUCUUUGAAGAUAUCCCAGGAAGCGACGGAUCCAAUGGAGGCAAGGCGUCACUAUAUGUGGUUCCAAAUAAUGCAAGAGGAACGCUACGUCUCUCUCAUCCUGGGUGUACCAUCUGCCACCGGUUCAACACCAUUUCCCUUCGACGAAAUGGCCCAGCGGCUUUCAACAGAAGCCCUCUACCACAAGAACCUCUGCCAAAUCUCCGGCCUGAUACUCGCCCGCAACCAAGGCGAUUCGACUCACGCCUUCUCCACCACCCAAGAAAUUGACGAGGAGCUCGAAUCUCUUGCAAAACAGAUGCCACAAAGUUGGUGGGAAAUCCCUACCAGCUUCGCGGAUGCCCGCACCGACGAAGCGGCUAUCCAAUUUCAGCGAAUGAUGUGCCACAUCUGGCAUUUCGAGUUCCAGACUCUUGUUCACCUGCCGUUUAUGCUGCGCACGGCGACCGACCGACGAUACGAAUAUUCGCGCGUUUCCUGCUUGAGCGCGAGCAGAAGCCUGAUCAUGAGAUGGAUGUUCAUUCGUUCGCUCCACGGCCAAACAUUGUUCAGCAACCUGGUUGAAUUCCAGGCUUUCACUGCGGCGAUUACGCUCCUCCUAGGGCUUCUAGGAACUACACACAGUACCGACCCCGUCGUGUUGAAAGAAAGACAGGAGGAUCUGCAGCUCGUAGAUACAGUAGUCCAGGUUUUUGAAGGCAUGAAGCAGUAUGGCACGGGCGUGCAUGUCGUCAGCCAAAGCAUUUCUGUCAUCCACACCCUGCUUGGAAUCGUGCGAAACGAAGGCAACUCGUCAGGCAUUCUGCGCAUUGCAAUCCCGCACUUUGGCACCAUCAGCGUUGCGCGUGGCGGAACUGUGCAAUCUCUUGAGGGCGAGCGUAUACUGGGUGCAAAUCCACGCUCCCAAUCGAUCCCGAUGCAGGGUAAAUCGCCACUCCAAGCCUUACGCUCCAAUUCGAGCCCCUCGUCAACUGGCGCAGGGUCUACACGGCCGUCGAUGUCUGCUCCUAAGCAGAAAGAGUAUCAAAGCCUCGGUGGUACAGUGGAUGUGAAUGGCAAUGACGCGGCGAUGCAGAAUACCGUGUUGCAGUUCACGAGUAGCCAGUUUCCGACUUUGGAUGCACAGGUGGUGGACCCAACUACGGGAUGGCCUUUUCAGGAGAGCGAUAUGAUGUUCUUUGACAGCUUACUCAAUACAGAUGUGGCUGGCAAUUGGGAUUUCUAA